AUGUCUGGAGGUGAUAAAUUUUCACAUGUUUGUUAUACAUCUUAUCAUUGUUAUGAAUGUAGAGAAUCAUUUAAAUAUAAUCAGAGAAAUAGAGAAUCACCAGAGGAGAGAGAGAAAAUGAAUAAGGAGGAUAAAAUUCCAAUUUGUAAUUUGUGUAAUGUAAAACAUUUUAGGUGUAAAGGAAAAAAAUGUAAAAUGUGUUGUAAGAAGAAUUCGUGUGAUUCAUAUCCUUGUAAAUAUUGUUUAGAAAAUGAUAUUGAAUGUAAGUAUACGAUUAUACAAACUAAACAAGAGUUUGAAAAUUUUAAGAAAGGAGGUUUAACAGCAUAUGCUGUGCAGCUUGAAAAUACUAAAAAUGGAAAGGCUCAUGUUCAGGGAUAUUGUCAAUUUAACGAGAGAAAAACAAAAAAAGAUUUAAGAGAGCUAUUUAAAGAUAAUACUAUUUGGAUUCCUAAAAAAAAAAUGAGAGGAAAUUCAGAUGAAAAUAGAUUUUAUGCAACAAAAGAUCAUAAUCCAUGUGUUAAACAUAAAAAGAAAGGGUGUGUAUGUCAUCAUAAUGGAAUUAAUUGUGAAAUUUGCAAUGAUAAAUGUCCGAUAAAAACAAAAGCUAGAAUUGAAGGAUUGGUUGAUAAAGUUGGACCUUUUGAAUUUGGAAAAUUUCCAAAAAAAAAGUAUGAAGAAUUUGAGGCAAUUAUUGAAGGUAAUAGGUUAUUAUCGGAAGGUGCUACACCAUUAGAAGUUUUUAAACAUAAUAAAGAUAAAGUUACAUAUUCAAGUAAUUAUUCAAAUAUGGGAAGGAUUUACCGAGAUGUAAAGGAGGAAAGGACGAAAAUUAAAGGAAAUAGAUUUUGGCGUCCGUUUACUGUUUAUAUUUAUGGACCAGGAGGAAGUGGAAAGACGGGAUUUGUAAAGGCUUUGUUUAGAGAUGAAUAUUAUGAUAAACCAAAGAAAAAAAGAAAUGGUUCAAAUUGGUGGAAUAGAUAUGAAGGACAAGAUAUUGUUUUAUUAGAUGAAUUUUAUACAAAGAUUGAAUGGGAUGAUAUGGUAAAUAUAUUGAAUGAUGAAGAAGCGUAUAAUUUUGGUCAAAGAAAUGGAGAUGAUGAUUCGAAUAAACGUAGUCUUGAGCAAUUUGAAAGACGAUUAGACUAUAUUAUAGAGUUUAGAGGUAAAUGGCAUAACGAUAUAAAUAAAUGUACUACUGAGAUUAUAUUUCAUAAAGGUGAUGAACAAAAAUUUCGUAAUAUGGAAUGGGAUGUAGAAUAUAAUAAUGAUGAAUAUACCAUCGAAGAAGUUGUUGAGAUGGGAGAAAUUUUUAUGGAAGGUAUAGAGGGUGAGCAUUUUGAUGAGAAUGAUAUAGUAUAUUGGCGACGGAAAUUUCCAGAUUACAAGAUAAGAUAUUUACAAGAUUAUCCCAAUUGUAAAAAGAUGCGAGAUUAUAAAAAAGUAAUAAAAAGAAAGGUAGAAGAUAUAAUAGAAAUAUCAGAAUUUAGUAAUAAAAAAAUUAAAAUGAUGGAUAAUAAUAUAAUUUUAAAUGAUAAUAUUAAUAUAGGAAUAAUAGAAGUAGGUAAUAAUGAAAUAAGUGAUAAUGAGAUAGAUAUUUAG